AUGGAACCGCCCAAGCCGAAGUCGAGCACCAGGACCACCGACAAGGUACGCCAAGCGACACUCGCGUACACAGAUGCCUCCAUGGCUGUCCAUGGCCAUGUGUGUGUAUGUGUGUAUGUGUGUGUGUCUGAUGAUUCCAGAGCGUCGAGGCCAAGGUAAAGCACACGCACACGGAAGUCUGACGAUUCGCUGCUGUGAUGCAUCGACGUGUGCACGUCUGUGCGUGUGUGUGCAGGCGUGUCCCAACAACCGCCACCCCGCGGCGGUCAGCUUCACCUUCUUCAAGGGGCGCAGCAAGGUGCGCAGGCAGCACACACACACACACGCAUCCAUCCAGCCACCACAUUGUCUGCAUAUCUCUGUGUGCGCAUAUCAAUGUGUUUUCAGUUCCAGAAAUGUUUUUGGUGUGGUGAGUGUGGGCACGGCUACCUCGACUGGCUGGACUUCCACGCCAAACUCGCCGCUGCCAAGCCGAACAAAGUACGCAAAAACCAGACACCCACACAAGAUACGCGCACGCACCGACGCACACCCUUACAUGCCCGACAUGGAUGUCUGUGUGUGCAGAAUCCGUUCUGGAUAAUCAAGGCUCCUUCUGUGACGGCUCCCGUGCUGACCCUCAAGCCCGAGCCCGCCAGGCCCGAGCCUGCCAAGCCCGAGCCCGCCGAGCCCGGCUGUGUGUGUCUGACAGACGUUUCCCACGCUGCCGGGCAUCAAGGACGACACGAACUACACCGCGCCGCGAGACAAGGUAUGCAGAAGUGGCACACUCGAAACCAGCAGACGUGUACACACAUGUAACUGUCCACAGGGACUGUGGAACCGCAUGUCCAAGAAGGUGCUGGAGCCUUUCUUCGAAGAAGCUGUUCGAGGCUCCUACAAAGACUACCAGGACCACCAGCAAGGUACGCACACCACUCGCCAGCACAGACGCCUGCAUGGAUGUCCACCAAUGUGUGUAUGUGUGUGUGUGUGUGUGUGUGUAUGUGUGUGUCUGAUUAUUCAAGAGCGCUGAGGCGACGUCGUCUGGGGAGAUAG